GGCGGCGCGCGCCGGGGCCUUUGUGGCGUCCGUCAUGGAGGCGGCGGCCGAGCGGCGGCGGCGGCAGCGGCGGCGGGACGCGGCGGCGGCGAAGGCCGAGAGGCGCAGCCCCCGCCGCUCCGCCUCCCGCUCGGCGCGGGGCAGCCAGUCACCGCCGGCCGACGAGCGGCGGGGGCCGCGCCAGGGCAGCCGCGGCAGGAGCAGCAGAUCGCCCAAGAGGAAGAGUAAGUCCGGACGGAGGAGCCGGUCGCCGCGCGGCAGGAGGAGCCGCAGCCGGAGCCCGCACCACGCCGCCGUGAAGGUAAAGCAGGAGCGAGAGGAUCAUUGUCGACGAGGAAACGAGGAGCGAAAGCAGAGACACUCCUCAGAGCAAGAGCACAGGAGAGACAGAAGUGGUGACAGAGACAGAAGUGGUGACAGAGACAGACACAGAGACCAUUCAGACAGAAGGAAGAAUGUGAGUGAAAGACCAGGAAUCCGAGGCCAGGAGCGGGACAGGGACGCUCAGAACAUCCGCGAGCAGCAGGCAGAGAGGGAGCUCUACAACGAGAGAAGACGAGAGCACCGACAGAACAACGGAGGCGUUGAGCAGAACCCAGAACUGGGCCAAUCUGAUAACAAACCUCAAGAAAAAGCUGCUGUAAACAAAGAGAAGCCAAGCUUUGAACUGUCUGGUGCUCUCCUAGAGGACACCAACACCUUCCGUGGGGUUGUGAUUAAGUACAGCGAGCCCCCCGAAGCUCGGAUCCCCAAGAAGCGCUGGCGCCUUUACCCCUUCAAGAACGACGAGUUUCUGCCCGUGAUGUACAUCCACAGGCAGAGUGCUUAUCUGCUGGGCAGGCACCGCAGGAUCGCUGACAUCCCCAUCGACCACCCCUCCUGCUCCAAGCAGCACGCUGUGUUUCAGUACAGGCUGGUGGAGUACACUCGUGCUGACGGCACCGUGGGCCGUAGGGUGAAGCCCUACAUCAUCGACCUGGGCUCGGGCAACGGCACCUUCCUCAACAACCAGCGCAUCGAGCCGCAGCGCUACUACGAACUGAAGGAGAAGGAUGUGCUCAAGUUUGGCUUCAGCAGCAGGGAAUAUGUUCUUCUCCAUGAAUCCUCAGAUAAAUCUGAGGCCAACACAAAGGACGAUGAUGAUGAGGAGGAGAAGGAGGAAGAGUCUGACAGUUAACAGACAGAGGAGGGAACUGGGGGCGGGGAGAGGGGAGAGAGGUUCUUUGCAGCUGGAUGUGUGUUGGGAUGUGAACGCUGGAGCAUCACAGCACUGAUGCCUCUUAUUGCCUUAAAGUCCUUUUUCUGUUGCUGAUCUGGUAUAGUUUAUUUUGGGGGACUUCAGUGAUGAUCCCAUCUCUGCUGGUUUGGCAUAUCAGGAAAGACUGCAAGGCUGCUUUUCUCUUUUUGUUUCUCCUUUUCCCCCACCCCAACGAGGAGAAAAAGCACCUGGGUGGGACAGCUCUGAGGCUGGAAGUACUCCACACCCAACAAGGAGAAAAGCACCUGGAUGGGACAGCUCUGAGGCUGGAAAUACUCCACACCCAACAAGGAGAAAAGCACCUGGGUGGAACAGCUCUGAGGCUGGAAAUACUCCACACCCAACAAGGAGAAAAGCACCUGGGUGGGACAGCUCUGAGGCUGGAAAUACUCUACAAAGGUUGAAAAGGACUGUCCUCUUGUAGGAAAUGCUAGAAAAAACACAGCUGGUGUAUUUUAAGUUAUUUUUUAUUAACUGUUGUGUUACAGCCCUUUGAAAAUGCCACUGAACUGAAAUGUUAGUUAGGACAUAACCUGGUGCAUUUUGUGACCUGGCUCCUUUGGUAGAGUUUGCCAAAUUCCUUUGCCUGGCAUGAGUUCCAGACAGGUGAAUUUCCCCAGCUGGCUGCUAAAAACACAGGAAUGUUGCAAAGCCCCCUCUCUGUAUUUGCAUGUUUGGGGUAGUUAGUUUGCCUUGUGAUCACUUUCAGUGCUGGAAAAUGCUACUUGAAAGUCACGAGGGCCCUGAAAGUUACAAAGUGAUCUGAAAUCGAAGUGAAAUGCUUCCUGGGGUCAGAGGUGAGGACACUGUGACUCAGGGGGGUGCUGCAGUUUGGGGUGAUUCCCAUACACCCCCCUGCCCCAUGAGUACCAUCCUGGAUUUCUUUGUGUUACACAUAAACACCUUUUUAUGUGGUGACAGGUUUGAACCAGAGUUUGCACUAUUUAAGUUCCCUUUUUAUAAAGAAAACUCACCCAAGUCACCUGUUUAAAACAUUCUCCUCCCCUGGGAAAGAAAACAGUGCUUUAGGAAGAGAGAAAACGACUCCACUGGCCUAAAGCACUUGCAGCUUGUGUAUUUUUAGAUGUUCUCCCCAGGGUUUGCUUUAUGGUAUAAGAAAAGUCUCUUUUUUUCCACCCUGUUCCCUGGGGGGCUGGGUGUUUGUCCUGUGCUCACAGGCAGCUCAGCCCCGCUGUGUAUAUACUGUGUUGUGUAUUGGAUGCACAGGCUGGGCUGUGGCUGGUGUAAAUACAGGGCAUUGCAGGAAGGGUUCAGGAGUUGAAUGAGUUUUGACCCAGAUGAUCUCCUUUAUAUAUACACUUAAAGGUUUUUAAAUAAAGCAUUUGUAAAUUGA